AUGAAUUCGAAUGAAGAUCCGGUCGACUACUGCCCGUACCGGGCAAACGUUGGCUGGGGCCAAGUCCAGACACAGGACUUCUCCAAGGUCAACUACUUUCAAGCCUCGGAUGACGAGCUACGGAAUGACGACGACGUAUUCGCCAACGGUCAGGUGUACCCCGCGCAGCCACAAGCUUCAUCAAGUAGCAAGAAGAAGAAGAAGAGCAAAAAGGACAAGAAGGCCGCCGCAGCACCACCAGCCCCGGCCAUCUACGACGAAGCACCAACACCCCCAGAGUACGCCGCACCAGAGACACCACAAGAAACCGUCUUCGCCGAUGAAGAGUGGGCGCCAAUAACCAAGACAAAGAAGAAGAAGAAGAAGAAGGGCCAGAAGGAGGAAGCUGCACCGCCUCCUCCCCCUCCACCGCCUGUAGAACCGGAGCCGACACCUGAACCCGAAGAGGAACCGGAACCUCAGCGCGAGCCAACAAUCCCGGAGGAGCCAGAGCAAGAACCGGAGCCUACACCUGAGCCUGAGCCUGAGCCCGAGCCCGAAGUCGUUGCAGAGCCGCCGCCAUCGCCACCUUCCAAAAAGUCCAAAGAGUCCGCCAAGGAGGUACCCAAAGAAACACCAAAGGAAUCCUCCAAGAAGAGCAAGAAAGACAAGAAGAAGGACAAAAAGAAGAAGAAGGGCGCCAAGGAGGCUGAACCGGAGCCGGUUGAUAGCCCCAAGUCCGUUCCCGCGGAAGACGCCAAGCCGCCCAAGAUGGACGAGCCAGAGGUCCCUGCUACCGACCGUAGUCUUGGGGAGUCCAAGGACGACGCCGAUAAGGGUGACUCGAGCGCCGUCCCAGCAGCUGCAGCCGCAGCCGCGAUUGCGACCGCUGGAGUAGCGGCCGUUGUUGCGACAGAUGCGGCAUCUUCAGACGCACCGGAUGCGCCCGCCAGCGAGGAGAAGCAGGAGGACAACGAUGCGGAACCCUCAGACACGCCUGCUCCUGCUCCUGAGCAGGAGGAGGCUGCGGCUGAAGCGGAAGCACCUGCAGAUCUCUCCACUGCUGUUGAGAAUGCAGAAGAAGAAGCUCCCGCAGACACUCCAGAUGCUCCUACAGAGCCUUCAGACGCGCCUGCUAGCGACGAGAAGGUAGAGAGCAACACGGAUGCUCCUGUCGAUGAUACCAAGCAGGAUGAUGAGGAUGCAGCUCCUAUGGACGCUCCCGAAGCUCCUGCAGAUGCACCAGACGCUCCCGCAGAUGCACCGGACGCUCCCGUGGAAGAGGAGAAGGUUGAGAGCACGCCUGAAGCACCCGCCGACGAUGAGAAGCAGGGUGAAGAAGCUGCUCCUGCAGAUGUUCCAGAAGUCUCAGAAGCCCCUGUGGCCGACGAGACGUUGGAGGAGGAAAAGGCAGCACCUUCAGAUCCUGUAGAUGCUCCUGUGGAGGAGGAGAAGCAGGAAGCUGAGGAUGCGGCUCCUGCCGACACCCCUGAUGCUCCCGCGGACGCGCCAGAUGCGACAGACGUGCCCGUCGCUGACGAGAAGGUCGAGGCUGCAGAUGCUGCUCCCGCAGACAGUGCUGAAGCCGCCGCUCCAGAAGACGAGGCUAAGGCUGCAGAAGAAGCCCCUGCAGACAGCGCUGGAGCUGCUGUGCCUGAGGAGAAGGUCGACAACGCCGACGAAUCACCAGCAGAUCCCACACCGGAGUCCGCACCGGAGGCUUCAGAUGAAAGUACACAGUCGACAGAACCGCCUGCCGCUGAAGUGUCUGAGGAUCCUCCAGCUGUCGAUGCCACCGCCAGCGUUCCUGAGGAGGCAGCAGGCGACAAGGCCGAGGGUGAUACGGCGGCCGAUGCUGCUCCUCCACCCGAAGACUCUGCUCCAGCUGAUCCUCCCCCCCCGGCUGAAGAUGCUGCGCCGGCUGAAGAUGCUGCGCCAGUCGAAGAUGCUGCGCCAGUCGAAGAUGCUGCGCCGGUCGAGGAGGCUGCGCCGGUUGAGGAGGCUGCGCCGGCUGAGGCUGCUGAUGAGGCUGCUGAUGAGGCUGCUGCUGCUGAGCAAACGGAAACUCAAGAUGCCCCGGCCGUUGACAUCACCGAUGAUGUACCGGCUGCCGACGAUGCGCCCAUCAAACCGGAGGAAGCAAGCGACAAGCCUGCCGAGGAUGCUCCUGCCCCCGAAGAAGCGAAGAGCGAAGAAAUCGAACCACCCGUUGCUGAGGCUGCCGAAGAAUCAGCGGCUGCCGAUACAACGUCCAGCGAUCCCGCAGAGGGAGGAGAUACACCCGAAGAGACUGUCGCCACCGAAGAGACCGUCGCCCCCGAGGACCAAGAGAAGCCAGAAGCCGCGGCGGCAGAGGUUGCGGAACCCGAAGCUUCCGCCGCUCCUGAAGAUGAGGCCUCCGCCCAGCCUGAAAAGUCGGCUUCUCCAGACCAGCAAGGUGACGAGGGCGCCGCGCCUGCGGAGGAAGACAAGGCAGAUGUCGCAGACGAGACCGCUGCUCAACCAGAUCCUGACACCACACCCGCAACUGCGGAAGCAGAAGCCAAGGACCCGCCCAGCGACACACCUCCGGCGGAACCCGUCAGCGAGACUACACCUGAUGAUGCGGCCGUGCCAGUCGAGGCUGUCAGCGAAGAACCAGCUGAGGCUGCUAGCGGGCAGCCACCCGAACCUCCCAGUGACGAAGCGGCACCGGCUGAGACUGCCACCGAGCCAGUAGCCGAGGCUCCAGCGGAAAAGCCCAGCGAUGCUCCUCAAGAGGAAUCUGCCGUUGAAGCUCCUAGCGAACAGCCUGCGGAACCUUCCGGCGAACAGCCAGCUGAAGUUGCAAGCGAAGAGCCAGUCGCGGCUGCCGCUGAGGAGCCGGCUGAGACUCCCGCCGAACAACCUACCGAUGGACCAACUGAAGCCGCCCCGGAGGAUGGUCCUGGUGAAAAGCCAGCCGAAGACACGGCUGAGGCGCAAGUCGAAUCAGCUGACCCGGCCGCUGAAGAGCCCGCUCCAGCCGAGGAGUCUACCAAGGAGCCUGUCGAAGAGCCAGUCGAGGCACCAGUCGAGGCACCGGUCGAGGCCCCAGUCGAGACACCGGCUGAAGCACCAGUUGAGGCUCCAGCAGAGGCGCCGGCAGAAGCAGCGGCUGAGACAGUCGAAGCGGCCGCCGAGGAGCCCGCCGAGGCGCCCACCGAUAAGACCGCAGCGGAUGCCAGCAUCACCCCAGAAGAAGUACCGGCCGCCGAGAUCCAGCCUGAAGACGCAGCCCCAAUGGAGACUCCUGAUCAGCCAUCAACCGAGGAAGCCUCUCCCGAAGAGGAAACCGAGGACAAAGCUGCCGACGCUGCCCCCGAGGCCAAGCCCGAAGAGGAUCCGGUUUCAACGUCCCCUGACGAGGAAGCAGCACAAGACGCACCCGUGUCAACUGAAGGUAUGGACCAGUACGAACUGAUUAGCGACGGCAAAGACUUCACCUUUUCGGAAGCAAAUCUCAACACAGAGACCAAGGAUGCUAAGACAGUAACAGAGCCAGUCACGGAAACCAAGGAAACUGCCACGGAGGAUACCCCUGCCGAUGUUCCCGCCGACGCACCAGUGGAGCCCACUCCGGUUGCGGACGCGGACCCUGCGGCCGAACCGGAACCGACUCCGGAAGCCGAGACCGCGGCCGAUGCGCCCGCAGAGCCUGCCGAACCGGCCGAAACUCAGACUCCGGAUGAUGCCAAAGCAGAGGAAACAGCCGAGCCCGAACCCACUCCUCAGGAGGACGACGUUCCAGAGCCUGCCGUCGAGCAAAGUAGCGAGGAAGCCCCUGCCGCCGUGCCGGAGCUCGCCCCCGAGAGCACCGAAGCGGAGACCGCUGAGGCCGCGCCCGCGCCGGACAGCCAAGAUGAAGUGGCCGAGGCCACCGCUGAAGCAGACUCGACGCCGGAAGAAAGCAAGGCUGAAGCGACCGAGACCGAGGCCGCUCCACAGCCCGAGGCUUCCGACCCUGCGCCAGAAGUCGUCGAUACGCCGGCGGAAGAGACCAAGGACGAGGGUGACGAUGCUCCAAAGCCCACCGAUGAGCCAGCUGCUGAACCGGUCACUGAUGAACCUGCCACUGCUGAACCUGCCACUGCUGAACCUACCACUGCUGAACCUGCCACUGCUGAACCUGCCACUACUGAAGAGGCUCCUGUCGUUGACGAGAGCCCCGCCGCGGAGGCUGCGGCUGUUGACGGCGGCGAGGCCCCAGCUGCAGAGGAAGCACCCACGACAGCACCUCCCGCAGAAGAAGCUGUCAGUGCUGAGCAGGCUCAAGAGAGCCCUGCCGACACCCAGCCCGCUGAGGAAAGCGUUGAGGACCAGCCUGCAACUGCCGAAGACAAGCAAGAAGUUGCAGUGCCAGCCCCCGACACGGCCGAAGAGGUAGCUCAGCCCGAUGCACCUGCUCCCGAGACUGAAGAAACCCUUGCGGGUGAGGAACAAGGCAAUGACAGCCCCGCCGAUGGCGACGCAGCCCAACCAAGCAAUGUCGAAGAGGAACAACCCGCUGCAAUCGAUCCACCCGCAGCAGAGGAGACCGCGGAAGACAAGCCUGUUGUUGAAGCUGCCCCAGAGGAAGACGCUCAGCCUGAAGAAGCCACCGCUCCAGCAGAAGAGACUCAAAACGAGAGCGAAGACGCUCCCGCCCCUGCUCCUUCAGACGAACAACCGGAAGCUUCUGCCGAAGAACCCAAGGAAGUCUCUGCUGAAAGCGAGGCCGCUCCUGAAACUCAGGAAAGCCCCGUCGGUGAUGAGGUCGAAAAAGCGGUUGUCCAAGAGCAAGACACCCAGCCAGACUCUUCUGCAGACACAGCCGAGGCACCAGCUGAGGCACCACAAACCGACGAGGCAAAGGAACCCGAGAGUGAUCCUGCAGCUGAGCCUGUUGAAGCCAGCGAACCGGAACAGCCCGUUGAAGCUAGCGGGCCCGAGGAACCGGCGGCCGAAGCCGGCGAGGCCAGUGAAACUGCGCCCGAGCCUGCCGAGCCCGUCGAAUCUGAGCAACCUGCAGCGGAGACGGCUGAGACGGCUGAAGCUGAGCAGCCUGCCCCGGAGCCCGUCGAGGCCACAGAGGCAGAGCAAGCUGCGCCUGAACCUCAAGAGACCAGCGAGCCUGCCACGCAGCCCGAGGCCGACCCGGUCGAGCCGAGUGAGGCCGUGGCAAGCCCUCCUGAGGGCGAGGAAGCUCCUGCGGAACCUGUCGCGGCCGAAGCCCCCGCUGAGCCGGUCGUUGCCGACGAAGCUCCAACUGAACCUGCUGUAGAGGAACCUGCUUCUGAGCCAGCUGCUGAACCUGCUGCUGAGCCUGCUGCUGAGCCUCCUGUGGCCGAAGAGCCUCCUGUGGCCGAAGAGCCUCCUGUGGCCGAAGAGCCUCCUGCGGCCGAAGAGCCUCCUGCGGCCGAGCCUGUUGCAGAGGAGACCGCCGCUGAGCCUGUCGCGGCUGAGGAAAAGCCCGCAGAGCCAGCUCCUGCCGAAGAACCCCAAGCCGAGCCAGUCGCAGACGAACCUUCUGCUGAGCCUGCUGCGGAGCCUGCCGCGUCUGAGGAUGCCCCUGCUGAGCAAGUCACCGACGAACCUGCUGCUGAGCCUGCCGCCGAGCCUGCUGCAGCUGAAGGAACUCCAGCUGAACCAGCUCCAGAGGAGAACGCUGCAGCGGAAGAAACUCCGGCUGAACCAGCUACAAAAGAUGCUGCUGCCGAGCCUGCUUCUGUUGCUGCAGUUGAAGAAGCGCCAGCUGCUGAGCCAGCGGCCGCAGAAGAAACUCCAGCAGAACCAGUUACGGAGGAACCAGCUGUUGAGUCUGCGGCGCCCGAUGAACCCGCCGCCGAGCCAGCCGUCAAUGAGGAACCAUCCGCAGAACCAGUUGCUGCUGAUGAGACACCUGCUGCUGAGCCUGAAGCUGAGGAGUCGCCAGCUGAUCCUCCUGCCGCUGAAGAGCCUGCAGCUGCUGAGCCUGAGGCGGAAGCACCCCAAGCUGAACCAGUCGCAUCUGAGGAGGCACCUGCCGAGCCGGCUGCGAGCGAAGAACCUCCUGCUGACCCUCCAACUGUCGAAGAAGCCCCAGUCGCGGAAGAGGCUCUCGCCGCUGAGGAAGCUCCCGCUGCUUUGGAGGCACCCGCUACUGAGGAGGCUCCUGCCCCUGAAGAAGCGCCGGCCCCAGAAGAAGCCCCCGUUGCCGAGAAAGCGGCUGAUGAUGAAGUCCCGGCUGCUGAAGAAGCCCCCGUUGCGGAAGAGGCUCCUGCUGCGGAUGAAGUCCCGGCCGCUGAUGAGGCCCCGGCGGCUGAAGAACCGGCUGCUGAGGAGGCCCCGGCCGCUGAAGCUCCUGCUGCUGAAGAGGCUCCUGCUGCUGAAGAGGCUCCUGCUGCGGAUGAAGUCCCGGCCGCUGAGGAGGCUCCUGCCCCUGAAGAGGCUCCUGUUGCUGAAGCAGCCCCGGCUGAACCUUCUACGGUCGACGAACCUGCUGCUGAGGAACCAGCUGUUGAAGAGGCUCCCGCUGAGCCUGCUGCUGAAGAAGCCGCCGCUGAACCUGCUCCGGCUGAGGAACCUGCUCCGGCUGAGGAACCUGCUCCGGCUGAGGAACCUGCUCCGGCUGAGGAACCUGCUCCGGCUGAGGAACCUGCUGCUGAACAAAUUCCUGUUCCUGAGGAAGCCCCUGUUACUGAGGAACCGGCUGCUGAAGAAGCUCCUGCUGACCCUGCUCCAGCUGAGGAAUCUGCACCAGCUGAGGAAUCUGCACCAGCUGAGGAAUCUGCACCAGCUGAGCCUGAAGCGGAACCCGCGACAGAGGAUAGUCAUGCAGCCGAGAUUGCCGCAGGAAUAGCGGUUGCCGCUGCUGGAGCGACUGCUGCGGCUGUUGUGGCUGACAAGUCUGCGCCGGAAGGAGAGAAGACACGAGGUUUGGAUGUUGAGGAGAGCAAGGACUCGGUGCCGCCGAUUCCUAGUGAAGAGAAACCAGGUGAGAAUACCCCUCCUUCCCCCGAUUCCCCCGAUGGAGAUGCACGGGAAGGACCGGAUGGAGAGAAUCCCGAGGGCGCCGCCGAGGAUGUCCCGGAAGAUGCCCCGAACACAGAGGAAGACGAUGCCGCACCGGAGCCCACUGGAGAGGAGACCGAAGUCCCAGCUGGAGAGGCCGCCGACCCGGAUGCCCCCGAGGCACAGCCACAAGGGAGCGAUGGCGCGCCGCCAGCCGAAGAAGAGGUUUCACCGCAAGAGGACUUGACGACGACCGCUGAAGAGCCUGGGCCAGAGCCAAGCCCACCUGAAGAUGAGGACGCCGCCCCUGUCGAACAGACCGAGCCCGAACCCGCGCACGAGCAAGCCGAGCCGCAAGAGCCUGAACAGGUCGAACAAGAGCCCGAGAACGUCGAACAAGAACCUGAACAAGCUGGGCCACAAGAGCCUGAGCCUGUUGAGCCGCAAGAGCCUGAGCCGCAAGAGCCCGCUGAGACCGCUGAGCCUGCCGAGCCCGUUGAGCCUGUUGAGACUGAACCGCAAGAACCUGAGCCAGAACCUGAGCAAGCUCAGCCACAAGAGCCCGAGAACGUCGAACAAGCAGCUGAAGAAGUCGAGCCGCAAGAACCUGAGCAAGCCGAGUCACAAGAGCCUGAGUCUGCUGAGCCCGCUGAGCCCGAGCCAGAACCUGAGCAAGAGGCCGAACAAGUCGAACAAGAACCAGAAGCAGUCGAGGUACAAGAGCCUGAGCCCGUUGAACCGCAAGAGGAUCAGGCACUUGUCGAAGAAGAAAGUUCCCCAGCAGAAGCCAAUCCUGUCGAAGAUGCACCAGAAGAAUCGACAAAGGACGCUCCAGACGCCGACGAUGCAGAUGCUGCCAUCACAGGAGUUGCAGCCGUUGGUGUUGCUGGCGUCGCAGGCCUGGUAGCCAUAGAUCAACUUGGCAAGGACUCCGACGAAACUAUUUCCCGACGCGGUUCUUCAGACAAGCUCACACAGACUCUUGGUGGCAACAUUCCAAUGUCAGUGUCCGCUACUCUUACGGGAUCAAAGCCAGAAGACGUCGACGUGGAUGCCAACUUCAGCCCGGUGGAGAAGGAAGGUUUUUCAGAUCAAGGCACGCAAACAGACAGCAGCUCUGUCUUCGGCUUCAGGCCCUCGACUCCAGCUGUGAUCCUGCCCGAUCUUUGCGAUCCUUCAUCACCAGCCUCCAGGGCGAGGGCAAAGGCACUCAGGCGGCAACGCAAGCUCUCGGUUGCUCGGGCCGAAGAACUUGUUGCAGCGGCCGUGAUUAUCUAUGCUACGGCCCAGACUCUCAGCCCUCCGAACAGUCCCUCCUCCCAGGACAGCACACAGCUCAUCAAGGCUAUGCCCAGCUUGGAUCAACAGUUGAAGAUGAAGCCAAAGAAGGCUCGAGCAUUUUUCUCGCGGGUCCUACCAAGCCUUCUUUCCAGACGCAGGAGUACUACCACUAAGGGAGCGGAUACAGUCAAUGAGUUUGGUGCUAACCAGUCUAUAGAAAGAAAGGAGGAGCGCGACAAGCACCGCCGACACCGCCGUUCUUCCCACUCUUCCCACCAUCCGUCUUCAUACUCCAGUCGCCGGGCUGAGGAAGAAGGCCGCGACAGCAGUCGUCGUCAUUCGUCUCACUCCCACCAAUCUUCUCACCGCCGUCACCGCACCGACAGCGACCGAUCAUCUUACCGAUCUCGCGACACGGCUCCAAGCACGCCCCCGAGAACGCCCAAGAGACAAGACAGUGGCUUCUCGGAAAGCCCACAGACACAGACCACCACCCGCCGCCGCCGUCACAGCGAGCGAAGCGAAGGUCGCAGUGAGCAUACGGAGAGAAGCGAGAGACGUUCUGAGCGCACUCCUGAGGAGCAAGCAGCUCAUGAUAGAAGAAAGGAAGAGCGAAGACUUGCAAGAGACAAGGAACGUGCUCGCGAGCGCGAGGCCGAGCUCGAGCGGGAGAGGGAGCAAGAGCGAAGAGAUAGAGAGAGAGACAGAGAACGAAGAAGAGAGAGGGAACGGCAGCGCGAGCGUGAGCUGGAGAGGGAGCAAGAGGAGAAGGAGAGAGAGCGCCGUCGCAGCACCAAGGGAAAGGAGCCAGAGAUCCUCGACAGGUCACAGGAACCCAUGGAGCGCAGCCACCGCCGUUCUUCUCGUCGUCACAGUACCUCGGAGCACAACCGCCCCGAGCGCGUUAUCCCGGAGCGCACCUCCAGCAAGCGAGAACGCAAAGAUGUGCGAGAACCCUCGUCGGACAGGACAGGGCCUAGACGAUUCUUCAGCGUCAGAAACCGAGAAGGUACGGCUUCAUCGGCAGCAGCCCCCCCUCAGGAUCCCCCCCUUGCCAAGGACGACAUGCCAAUGGAUGACGACGCAGGACACCAAGACGCAGCGGCUACUCGCGACAUUCCUAAUCGGACAGACACCACGCGUUCCAGGCACCGUCACCGCCGCCAUUCCGAAGACGGCAGCGGCAGGGCUAAGCUCCAGAAAGUGCGUGACCAGGUCGCCGAGGAGGCCAGGCGAGUGGCAGAGGAGAAGCCCCGCUCGAAGCAUUCUUCUCAUCACUCCCAUGCCAGUCCGGACGACUCUCGCCGCAGAGCUCGCGAGGAGGGCAGGAAGAAGACGAGAGAUGUGGAGAAGGAGAGGGAGCGGGAGAAGGAGAAGUCUGGCGGCAUCAAGGGCAUGUUCAAGAAACUGUUCAACUGA